AUGAAUAUGUUGGAUGAUGAAGAUGACCAAAGCUUUCACGCUACGCGUGACGGCUACUCCCAUUUGAGCGAUGUCGAAUGGAAUGCGGUUGAACGGAUGGGUUCAACCAUGGGCAUCCAUGCUGUUAGCGUCAUGCUAGAGGCUCUCAAUAGAGAUGCCCAACAUGCUACUAUCGCCAAGUUCAUUCAAAAUGAACUUGACGCAGAACGCGAGAAAGUAGCCGUGCUUCACCAACAAGGAUCUCAACAAUUAGAGUUGUCAAGAGAACAGGUUGCUCAACAGUUUGAACUGUUGAGACAGCAGGAGGCUGCUGCUGGCGGGUCGAUGCACUCGCGUCGACCCGAGACUUUGAAGAUUGACAUCUCUAAGGCGCGUCGCAUCGACGACGGGGAUAUGCAAGUUGCAUUUGCUCAGUCAAAUCUGGCAGAACGUGCCAAGACUUGGGCACUGGGGCUCAAUUUGCACGACCCGUAUGCGUUUGGGUCGUUGGAAGUCUUCAAGUCGCGGCUCAGAUAA